GUUGAAAUUAACAAAUAUUGCCAAACGUGGAUCAUUUGAUAGAUUUAGAUAAAAUAAAUAAAUGAUAAUGGAGUAAUAUGAAACAAAGAACGCAUUUUAGUAUAAAAACUUGGAAGCAGCGAGAAUUGUCAUCAUCAGUUCGGCAGCCUUCAUCAUGAGAACAGCUACACUGGCCUUUUUGGGCUGCAUUGCCCUCGCAUACAUUCAGCUUGCGGAAUUUGCAACAGUAGCUGGAUCAUCAGCAUCUGCUGCAGCUAGAGCACAGGCUCUAUCUUCUGCACCCAAUAAAAGAGAUGUGGUCAACUCUGCCACCCUAGCAGCUGCUGGCGCAUCUGCAAACUCAAAAGCAUCUUCUAACACCGAAAGCCUUGCUAAUUCUGUCAGCUCAGCAAAAGCUGCUGCCGGGGCUCAAUCCUUAUCUGGAGCUCAAGGUCUAUCAGCUUCUCAAUCCAGUGCUGGCGCAGGAGCUGCCUCUAUCUCCCGCAACACCAACAGCCUUAACGUUGCUCAAUCGAAUGCUGGUGCUGGAGCUACCUCCAUCUCUCAAAACGUAGUUCAAUCUAGCUCAGGAGCAGGAGCCUCAGCGUUGAGCAGAGGUGGUGUAUCGCAAUCCAGCAGUCUAGCUGGAGCUUCAUCUUCUGUUAUUGGGUCUUCCUACCAGGGUAUUAGACGCGUAUCAGGACAAGUUGGGCUUUCCGGACUACCAGGCUUGAACGGUCAACCUGGCUCCAAUGGACCUUCUGGACCCGCAGGUCCCCCAGGACCACCUGGACCUCCAGGACCCCCAGGCCCCGCAGGUAUUCCAGGCCUUAACGGACUUCCAGGACCUCAAGGUCUCCCCGGAUUAGAUGGUCUACCAGGACUCCCAGGACCAAUAGGACCAAUGGGCCCAGUGGGACCUCAAGGCAUCGCAGGACCUGAAGGACCAAGUGGACAAGAAGGACCUGCUGGACCAGCCGGACAACCAGGGCCAAAAGGAUCUCAGGGAUUGAGAGGACCCAGAGGACUACAAGGUAUCCAAGGACCAAUCAGCUACGGACCCAUGAUUCAACCACAGCCCAUCCAGUACCAGGUACCAUCUCAAACCCUUGCUGCAUCUGGGUCAUCAGCCACUAGUUCAUCUCAAGUAGCUGGCAGUGUAUCAUCUGCAGGUGCCUUAUCUGGAGCAAUUGCUGGAUCUAAUGAAGCUGGAGCAGUGUCAGGAGCAGGAGCUAUAGCUGGCUCAAGAGUUUCUGGUGUAUCAAGAGAAUCGUCAUCUUCUGGUGCGCUGGCUGGAGCAUUAUCUGGGUCUAGAGUAGCCGGAGGAGUGUCAGGAGCAGGUGCUGCUGCAGGUGCUGUAGCUGGUUCAGGAGCUUCUGGUGUGCUGUAGCUGGUUCAGGAGCUUCUGGUGUAUCAAGAGGAUCUUCAUCUGCUGGUGCGCUGGCUGGAGCAGGAUCUGGGUCUAGAGUAGCCGGAAGAGUGUCAGGAGCAGGUGCUGCAGCUGGUGCAGUAGCUGGUUCAAAGUCGAGUGGAAGGAGUGCCGCUGUAGCUGGGGCUAAAGCUGGAGCUGGUUCCAACAGUGUUGCAUAAGCAACCUAGGCAGGAUGAGACAUGUCGUAGUUUGAAUUGUAAUCGUGGAUUUGGAAUUUGAAAAUAAAUAUUAUAG